GUAUUUCACAUCAUCGAAGUGUCUGUCCUGUUCAUCUGAUAUGGGUAAUCAGCAAGGACGUCGGCUAAGUCGAGCCACUGUUCAGAUCGAAAGCGGCGAAACUGGCUCCACACUGGCUGAUUCGCUGAAAUUUACACAGUACGUCGGAAACAUUGUUGUUCUUGCAUUUCUUAACUGUUUCGCUACGAUUACAAAAACUGUAUCAGAUACAUCUAUUACAGUUCACGUGGACCAAAUUCAAAUCCACUGCGACAUUCACACAAGUUUUCAAUGUUCAAGAGAAAAAGGAACAUCUUUCGAACAGGGAUUAGAUUUUGAUAAGACUUUCAUAAAGCGCUUAUUGGGACUGUUUAGAUUGCUGUGUUUCAAGUCGGCACUGAGUCGCGAAAUGUUCCAGAAAAUGUCUAUCGUUGAAGGAUUUCGAACAAAUCAAUGCUGUGAUUUGAAUAUGCACGCCAAGGCCCGUUGCAUGGACAUUGGUGGUUCACAUGUGCAGAUGAAUGAGGAGUGCUGCGGUGCGUUGUGGGACCAAUUAGGCGAAUGUUUGGCCGAAGUGAUCACAAAGGUGGACUGCGUACGCUCGAAACGGGAAUGUACUAAAGCAUGGAUUAUGCUUAUAAGUUAUGUGGUAGGUGGAAUGUCUUUGGGAAAUAUGAAGCCUUAA